AUGGCCACAUAUUUGCAUAGUAUAUCGACAGAUAAGAAAUCAAGACAUGAAAAUUGUCUAUCUGCUGAAGAUUCUUGGUGUAAAUUUCGACGCGCCGAAAGCCUAGGAGUUCCAUACACUCACCCAGAGCCUUUGUAUCCAGUUGCAGCUGAGAGUGUAUUACCUAUAUACAAAGACUUAUCGAGAAAAGAUUUACUUAAAAGAUGUUUAGGUGGCUUCACUCAAAAUGCCAAUGAAAGCUUUAACUCGCUCAUUUGGCGACUAGCCCCUAAGCAUCUACAUUGUGGACGAAAGAUUAUCGAAAUCGCGGCCUAUUUAGCAGCAAAUAUGUUUAAUGAAGGUUACUUGUCAUUGCUAGGAAUCAUGUCAGAAGUUGGCAUUAUAAUUGGAACGACCUACAGAAAUUUUUCUGAUAAAGUUAAUCAAAGUAGAGUCACUUCUCAUAAUCGUCGAAGNUGCUGCACAAAGAACAACAACUACAACAAAAUGAACUUUAUGAGGAGGUAG